UGAAAACACACAUAGUAUUACGGCAUUCUGCCCUAAAGAGAAUAUGUUCGUUAGUAAUUGCAUAUGGAAUUCAUAAAACACUACAACUCCCAGAAGGUAGAGGGGCCAUGCCUUCUGGAGUAGUUUGCUAAAGGUCAAAGGUAGCCAGUCGGAUUUUUCUGUGUUCCGUGUUUUAGAAGAGUUUUGUAGUGCGCGUAAUUGUGUUUUAGUUUUGUUUCUUAGGCAUGGACGCUGUAGGGAGGCAUCGUUCUCUUUAUAAAGGCACUACUCCGCCAUGGAAGGAAACGUACCGAAAGCGUUGUGUAGACAGACUGAGGAACAGUCGUUCCAAACUGCUGGAGAGAUAUCGCCAAGUGGGUGAACAUCUGCACAGCAGAGGAGUAAGUGGCUCCUUCAUGGUCCAGGAGGUGAUGGAGGAAGAGUGGAAGGCUUUGCAGUCUGUGAAAAGUGUUUUCCCAUCUCUGUGGAAAGACAACUUCUGUCCCCAGGUGCUGGGUAUACUGACAGAUGAGGAGAACCUUGCUGUGUUUGAUGAAAUUCAACAGGAGCUCAUCGCACAAGAACAGUCCAUUAUAGAGGAAUACGAGCAGAGCCAGAAGUUUGAUGAAGAGUAUUUGCAUGCUGUCAUUGAAUGUUUGGAAUCGGAAAAUAAAGUAAUUUGUCCAGUUUGCAGAAGCAACGUGAAUUAACUGCAGAAAAACUACAGGCCCUACUGGAAAACAGUGUAAUGGAGCAUGCUGAUCAGUGUCUACACAGUCCAGUUUUUUCUCUGACAUCUGUUGCGGUGGGAUCAAACAGUCUACUAAUGAGCUGUCAGGCAUGUGACACCCUGUCUGUGAUCCUUUAAUAUCUACAGAUCUGCAGCAACUUCAUUUGAAGAGACUCUGAGCAUCAUUUUGCUAUACUUCCGUAUCGGAAGACAUUUUUAAUUUUUUAAAUGCUUCUUAUAGUAUCUAAAUAUAUGGUUCUGAUUAUUAAUUUAAGUGUUGAAAUAAAGCUUUUGUCAUUCUAAUGGACAUUUUUGCAAGGACAGAGUAUUUAAAAUGGUACCAUAUCACUGAGCAUAUUUAAUAGCAUCAGUCUAGAACCUGAUUAGGAUCAAGUCAGGAAAUACUUUUGCAGAGAUGUCAGUGUGUAGUUAAUAGUCCAGUGAAACUGGAGAGGGACAUUAAAGGGAUAUUUUCAAAACUUUUUGUAGAUGCUGUGGUGGAUGUUUAGAAUAGCUUUGUGAAGCAUUAAAAGAAUACUUAGCAUUUUUAGGGAUGGAUUCCAGGUAUGAAAAAAUGUUGACUGAUAAAGAUCCACUGCAUUAUCAGUUCAAAACUUCAACCUGUUUCUUCUGUAGUGCCAUUAAUCCCUUUGCCACUGUGUUUACUUGUACAUGCAGCACCUUGAUUCAGCAACAGGUGAUGUUGAUGUGCACAUACUCCUACUUUUGAAGUAGUUGGUAUGGUUUAUCCAGCCACCAACCUGCAUCUGUUCAGUUUAGUGUUCUGUGUCCAGUUAGGAACUUGCUGCAUCGUGAACCCCAUUGCUGAAUGUAAUGAAGUUGUAUGUAAAUAUAACAGAGUUAAAAGGUAUGCCAGCAAUGAGCAGCGCUUAAUAAAGGUACCAUUGAAAGCAGUGUCAUCAUAGUCUGUAUGGCAUAUUUACUACCAUCCAUUAAGGAAGUCUUUCGUAACUUAUGAAGAGAACAUGAGUGAGUGGUACCAGCUGUUUAUUUUUCUGCUGGUGUACAUUUCACCAAUUCUCCUAGCUCACUGUUACUGAAGCUGGACAAUGUUUUUCUUUAUUAUAGGUAAAUUGUUACUUUUUAGAAUUGCUUGUAAGUGUAUGUGUCCUUUUAUGGGCUGGUGCUUAGUUCACUGGCUUCACUGCCUUUCAUCUGCUGAGUACAGGAAUAGGCUCAUGCUCUACCAUAUUACAGGCUGAGAUGUACUGUUCAGGUCAAGAUUAGCCAGAGAGGUAGGCAUGUUACAGCCAGACAUUUUUUAAUCUUUAUUUUGAACUAAUUAGCAAGCAGAGUAUAACUGAUAAUUUGAGUUGGUCAUUACAGAUGCCCUUGGCUGAGUUAGGUAUUAAAGAUUUGUAAAAGCAUUGGGGAGUGCUGCACUUGCAGUGCAUAACCUUGGGAAUUGCAUGGCCAUUUUAUAUGUACUGUAUACUACAGGAUACAUAUUGUGUUUAUGUUCCCUAGUCUGUCUCUUAUGUACACAACAGUUUUGCUUUUUAUCUCAACUAUUCUUUAAAGGCCUUAACACUUGGAUGUUAAGGGAGGAUCCAGUUUAUGUAGUAAAAUAAAAGCAAUCCCCUGUCUUGCCUACACCAGUGGCUAAUGCCAGCACUUAGGAUCCCAAAGGUCCAGCCAAAUGUUUUAUUUAAUCAGCAGUGUGAACUAUCAGGCUAUAUUUAUAGUGACAUUCACUCUGUUAAGGGACUCUUUCCAGAUUUACUACAAUUGCAAGGAAAUUUUGCUGCCUAUGUGGUUCAAGAAUUUCAGUUAUAUUAAAUGUACCAUCCAGAGGUUUUAUACACUAAUCCUAUUUGCACAGUAAGCCUCUCGUUUAUUAAUGGGAGUAAGUCAGUAAUUAUGCUGUUGAAACUAGGAUGUUGUCACCUUAGAUUCAUAGUUCAUCCUACAAUUCUGGCUUGGGUAUACUGAAUUAAUCUGAGUGAAUGUUUAACUCCUAAUUUGUAUGUGCAACAGUGUUCUGUCUGAUGAUGAAUGACCUGUUUAACUAUAUUCAGAAUAAACAUUACUUUACAUAA